AUGGCAUCUACCACGGAAGAGUUACAGAAGUAUGUUGGGCAAAAUUUUAAUACAGUGAAACAAGAAUUAGAAAGUCAAGGAUAUAGUAUCCACGAAAUUCGUAUUGGUUCUCACACAACAGGUGGUCGUAUACCAAUGAAAUUACAUGCCGAAGGAGAACCAGAACCUGAACGAGAAAAACGUGCUAUUGUUUCAUAUAAUUAUGAAGAUCCAGAUCAAAAAAUUACUGCCAUUCGACGAGAAGAUUAUUGA